CACUGUUUAUUUGAGAUGCCAAACUUAACGGGGCAUCCUGGAUUUUUAUUUGCUAAAUCUGGAGCCCUACCUCCCCACCCACCUACCGCCCUCCUCCCUAAGCACUCGCCUCGUCCUACCCGGAGCCCCAGGCUCCAUUGCUCCGCGGUCCGCUCCAGGAGCCCCCGUCCCCGUCUCCCGCCUGACCUUCGCCUUGCCCCCGGAGCAGCCCGGACCCUGCGGCGCCCGGAGCUGCCCCGCCGCAUCUCACGCCACCUCGGCCCGCAGUGCGCCCGGCUGCCCAGCCCCGGGGGCCGCACCCGACCCUGCCCGCAGACGCCCCCGGCCGUCCCCCGAGGUCGCGCCUCGCCCCGCCACCCCUGCGGGCCUGGCGUCCCCCUCCCCCGCCCCGUCGGGCGCGGCGCGCAGGCGCAGGCACGGAGGGCGGGCGCGGGCGGAAUGGGGACUGCAGCGGCGGCAGCGGCGGCGGCAGGGGAGGGGGCGCGCAGCCCGAGCCCCGCCGCCGUGUCGCUCGGCCUGGGCGUGGCCGUGGUGUCGAGCCUGGUGAACGGGUCCACGUUCGUGCUGCAGAAGAAGGGCAUCGUACGGGCCAAGCGGCGAGGUACCUCCUACUUAACGGACAUUGUGUGGUGGGCUGGCACAAUUGCAAUGGCUGUUGGCCAAAUUGGAAACUUUCUGGCUUACACGGCAGUCCCCACAGUCCUCGUGACUCCCCUGGGUGCCCUCGGAGUGCCAUUCGGGUCCAUUUUAGCUUCUUACCUUCUGAAGGAAAAGCUCAACAUCUUGGGCAAGUUGGGGUGUCUGCUGAGCUGUGCAGGUUCCGUGGUCCUGAUUAUCCACUCCCCGAAAUCUGAGAGCGUGACGACGCAGGCCGAGCUGGAGGAGAAGCUGACCAAUCCAGUGUUUGUGGGCUACCUGUGCAUCGUGCUGCUCAUGCUGCUGCUGCUCAUCUUCUGGAUUGCACCGGCCCACGGGCCCACCAACAUCAUGGUCUACAUCAGCAUCUGCUCCUUGCUGGGCAGUUUCACCGUGCCUUCCACCAAGGGCAUUGGGCUGGCAGCCCAAGACAUCUUGCACAACAACCCGUCCAGUCAGAGAGCCCUGUGUCUGUGCCUGGUGCUCUUGGCUGUGCUGGGCUGCAGCAUCAUCAUCCAGUUCAGGUACAUCAACAAGGCGCUGGAGUGCUUCGACUCCUCUGUGUUCGGGGCCAUCUACUACGUGGUGUUCACCACCCUGGUCCUGCUGGCCUCGGCCAUCCUCUUUCGGGAGUGGAGCAACGUAGGUCUGGUGGACUUCCUGGGCAUGGCCUGUGGAUUCACGACCGUCUCUGUGGGGAUUGUCCUUAUACAGGUGUUCAAAGAGUUCAAUUUCAACCUUGGGGAGAUGAACAAAUCCAAUAUGAAAACAGACUAGGAUGCAGCGGGGUUGAGGGGCUCAAGAACAGGCCUUGGAGGUGGUUCCUGCUCCUGAUUGGAUGUGAAGUAGAAGAGACCCUCAAUCCCUGGAGUUAGACUUGCCUGUGUACUAACGGGUGGCCUGCUGGACAGUGGGGAGCCUGGCUCUGCACCAGAGUGGGGGCCCAGCCCGAAGCUCCCCGACACUUGCCUGGGCAUCAUCUCUCUCUGAUGAGACGAAUUGCAUUUUCAUUUCCAUUAACCUGGAAGCUUUCAUGACUACUCUUCCCCUCUAAAACAUUUUAACAUUAUUUAAACAGAAACUAAACAUGGGCUCUUUCUGGUUAGUCUCUGUAAGAGAGCAGAUAUGCUUAUGUAGAAGGUUACUUUGGAAAUGGGAGAAAUUGUCUUGAUAUCUGCCUCUGUAUAGUAAGUAUGCCUGUAGUUGUGUUGGUUUGCAUUAAGCAUGUAUCACAUUCAGGUACCUCAUCCAAAUAAGUAUGUACAUUGAAUUGUUUUUAUUCCUUUAACAAGGUGACUCUCUCCUCCCACACACCCCCAGACAUUUUAAUAGCAAAAAGAGAGAGAAGAGGUAGGGCAUUGAUGAUGCAGUGUUCCAUCGGCAGGAUGACUUCACAAUAGCUCAAAUCAAUUUCAGUGCCUUUAUCACUUGGAUUAUCCACUUAAUUUGACUAUUACUCUGUAUAUUCUUUUAGAUUAGAAUGAUGCAACUUCUUUGGUUAUACCUUACUAUUUCAAUAUUCAAAUUAUAAAUAUGUAAAGCAAUUAGAAAUAAUAGUACAUUCGUUGGAAGGUAGUCAAGACUAAAGACCCAUUAGAGCAAAUUGACCUGUUUAGCAUGUAGUUAUUGUUCUCUUAAAGACAAUUGGCUAAGUAGCAUGAAGUAUUUUUAUUUGCAUUCGAUCUAUGUAUUUGAGAUCCAGUGUCAAAUAUGUACACCUUUCUUUUAGCAAGCAUUUGUGGCCAUACAGAAGAAAUAAAUUAUUUAGCUUGAAAUAAGGCUGUUUAAGUGAGAGAGUUAACAGCUCAACAGCACAUAUAUUGAGUGCCCUGUGAUAUGGGAGCAUGUUAAGGGACAGUUGGCUAGCUUCUACAAAUUGAAACGCACAGAAUUUUCCAAAGAAUUUCCAGCAAAAAUGAAAACAUUGUUGUUUGAGAGGGCAAAGCAUCCUAGAGUUCCUCACCCAGCCUCUCAUUACGCUUUCCAAAUGCAAAGUAGCCAUUGAUUAUUUCAGGGUUUGCAUCAAAAAAGCUCAUUCUUCUGUCCAUGGUAACCUUCCAUAUGUCUUUAUGGAAGCAAAGCAUGAAGUGAUAAAUAGUUCAUUGCGAUAUAUACUUCAUGUCUAAUGCUCUAAUCUAUGUAGGAAGUUAUGCCAAAUUGAAAAAUGAGAUUGAGUAGAGUAGGUGAAGUAGAAUAUGCCAUUUAAUAAUAUCCAUUUAAAGUUACUCAUUAAGAAAAAAGAUGUUUUUUUUCCUGGCAAAAGUAACAUUUCUUUUUAUUAUUAUAAUUUUUAAAAAUUAUUUCUAAAGUAAAGAUCCAAGGAAUAGUUGCCUAAAGUGUUUAAUAAGAAAGGUAUAUAAAAUAAGACUACUGCGAUGUAACAUAGACUAUAAAACACCUCUUUGAAUUAAAAGUACCAUAUUAUGAUGCUAGGUUGUAGCGAUUUGUGAAUUAAGAGCAGCAAGAAAAUUUUUUUAAGAAAAUUUUAAAACAUUCUUCGUUAACUUAUAGUUAAUAUAUACUCAAAAAGUUGAUUAAUCUUUUUAUCAGCUCUUGAUGUUUUUUUUUUCAUCACCAGUGUUUUUAGAAAUACAGACCUUAACUUAUUGAACUGAACUUUCUGAUGAUGUAAUGUAGCAGAAUCAGUAUACUUGUAGGCAUAAAAUGGUUUUCCUGCUUAAGGAGUUUAAGGUGGUCAAAGAACCUAUGUUGCUAUAAAGGUAUAAUGAGGAAAUUCAUGUGUCAAAUGGAAAAAUCAUGAUUAUUUUGCUACAGCUUCCAUGUAACACUUAAAUGCACCUAUUGCUGUAUUUUAUUAUAUUUUAGUUCACAAUUAUACUAUGGAUACUCAGAGGUGAUAUUGUUUUUUGGGCAAUACUCCCUGUGAUUUUUAAACUGAAACAGAAUUUCAAAGUAUUAUUGGCUCUUCUCCUCUUUAUGACAGGCCCUAGAACAGGUAGAAUUUCCAAGGUUUAGAUCCAUUCAGCAGAUGGCUCCGGUAGGAUACACAGCCUUUGUUCCAAAGGGAACGGUGCAUAGCACUCAUUGUUUUUCAGCUAGCCUCCAGGUGGUUGACAUGAUAGCUAUUUAGCUGUCCAAUUUUUAAGUUUAACAUAGAACUUUUAAAUUCUGACUUAAUAGUCUUUGUUUUACAGUUCAUAUUUUCAUAAUUCAUUUGGAAAUGCCAAGAAUAUAGAAUCCCCAAAGUGAGAGCUUUGGGGAAGGGCCUGGAAUAGGGAUACAUCUCUUAUUGGCCUUUCAGAAAGUAAAUGCAUGCAAAACAUUUUCACCAUGACAUGAUUCUUUGGGUAUCAUCUCUGAUAAAGUGAAGAAAAAAAAUACCUACUGUAUACUUGUUUUCCAGCUCCUUUAAAAUUGAAGGCUUUUAAUCACAAUUUGCAGAUUUAUUCUUGGUAGAUAUUUAAAUAGGCCCUUUCUCAUUUGAGUCUUUGUAUCUUAAAAGACUGCCACUUGUUCUGUUUAUGGAUCUAGUGUAGGACUGAUUCAGGAUUCUGACCCAAACCCUGGACAAAGUAAGUGUUCUGCUGGUCCGCAUGACCCCUGUGUCUCUGGAGAGAAAGGACAGCCUGCUCCUUGUCACAUGUGGAGAAGGCCUGCCCUGGCUGGGACCUUUGGAAAGAAUCUGGUUUCCUGGUGGCCUUGCUCAUCGCUCAGACUGUCACUACAGUUUUGUCACAUUAGGAUGUUGGUGAUAGAUGUUGCUGCUCUCUGUUCAGCAAUAAGAAAUAUUCUUUCUGUCCUACUUUCAAAGCCAUUUUGUUACACUCAAUUAUAUUUCCUCAGAUCUACCCCAGCAGUAAUGUGUGGGUUUUGUUCUUCCUUGGGUUUCAUGUCUGCCAUGCGAUACAAGAAAGCACUAUUCUAAUAUGUACUUGCUGCUCAUCUUCCUCUGCAGCUCAGCUCACGGUAAAUACUGUGCCUGACUUCUAAAGGCCAGUUCCUAGACUGCUGACGAGCACUGAGAUGCAGUGUCUCCCAGAUGUGGGUGCAUGCUCAGCCCACAGCAAGUGCUGAUGCACACAGUCCACUGCCCUGCUGCACAGUUCUUGUCGGGAGGAUACCUCUUUUCCAAGCUGCUCCACUAGUCUAGAAGAGCGGAGAGAAUGCUCAGAUAGUUCACAGAGCCCCAUCCCUCACUCCUCCCAGAUGCUACUAGAUCCCGUUUAGGCUUCCUGUGACUGUGUAGGAACUUAGGAAGAGUAAGGUCAGUGUAGUCACGACAGUAUGCAUUAGCUUCCAUGGUCUGAAGGAGCUGUCCGUCUCAGUGCAUCUGUUCACCCGUCGUCGAGCAGGACUGGAAGUGAUCUUGGUGUUCUGUCUUCUCAGGGACCAAAAAUGUAUCAUUUAGUCCUUAGCAUUGACCUUCCUCCCAAGGACAUGGCCCAUGUUCGUUUUUUGUAUCUUACUUGUACUCAUAGGUAGAUACUUCUGUUAACUUGAGUUGAAAAGAGAAGAGACCAAUUUGCGCACCAGUUAUUCCACAGGACAGUUUAUCAUAUAAAAUACCUCAAUUUUUUGUAUUUCUCAUUUCCACCUCACAGUUGUACUAGUGAUGAAACUUUAAAGAUCUGUCCUUUACCUGAUAGGCGAAUUUUCACAUCUGGCCAUAUUCUUAUAUCUCCACCGUAUACUUGAAAAGAUUCAGAAUUAUAGGAUCAGGAAUGAGAAUUUGGCCAAAUACCACUACUUGUUUAUUUUCAUAAACAUUUCUCACAUGCUAUUAAAUGUAACAAAAGAAUUAUAUUUUAAGAAAAUGUAACUUUGUACGUUAAAAAUGUUGUCUAGUAAAAAGUUGAUAUUCAGUAGAACAGUGAUCAUGUAAAUAUCUAUUUCAAAUAGACCCAAAGUGAUUUAAAAAAAGAAAAAAAAGAGUCUAGGGCCCAGAGCAUGAGCCAAGGAGGAUUGAUUUCUUCUUUUUUUCUAGUUUUCCCUGAAUUGUACAAAUAUAGGUGAGUCACUUACCUUUCUGUGCCUCAGUUUUUCUACCUCUGAAGGAGUGAGGUGGUUCUCCAAUUGGGUUGUUUCUAAACCUCUAGCACAUUUAGCAGUGUUCUGGUGGCCUCAGAAGAGAGCACCAUGUGCAGACUGUUGGCGAAGUGACACGUGGAAACAUGGACUGCACUGACUGUGGCGUCUGCUCAGGAUCCUGCUGCAGAACACACAGCUUUGGGCACCACAGAAGCCGUGGAAGCACUGAAUGUAAAGUGUGCAUGAAUCCAUGAAGCUUUAAUUUUCCUUUUUUUUUUAAGGAAGGGUUUUAUAUAUUCUAUUGUAAAAUAUGGCAAUUAAACAGACUUUAUAAAAGCAGCACUAACGGAUCACAUUUUGAUGGCGUGAUGAGCUCCUCCGAGGUUCUGUUUGCUCUGUGAUCUGCAGGCUUAAUGACCUACGUAACAAAUUGAUUCUGUUCCACUGAAUUUCUAAUGAAUGUUGCUGAACUUCCUGCUUCCAAGCACAGCUCAACCUUGACUAUGAACUCUGACAACAGGUGAAUGUGAGGAGCUCCCAAACCACUAGUGCCAAAGGGGCCAUUGAAAAAUUCAGAAGUUAUUUUAUUUGUCAGAACCUAAUAAUUUUCCCCAUCCUUUCAUUGUUUUUGCGCCUUAUGAAAACUUAAGUGUGUUGUUUUUCAGUAGCAUUCCUGAGUGUGUUUGCCUUUUUAAAGGAUAACUAUUUUUAUCUUGUAAAAUGGGAUAUAAUCAUGAAAGAGAGGAAGUCUAGAUCAAAACUGUCUAAUGUUGAUGGGUUGCAUAAAAGUUUUUCAUAUAAAUGUAUCAGGGGAGCUUCCAAUUAGCAUACAUAUAUACAUUUAUCAAUGGCUAAGAUGCUUAUAAUUUGCUUUCUAGAAGUAGUCAUAGCAUGUUGUUAUUGCCUUAUGUAAAUAAAAAGGCUAUUUAUUAAGUUUUCCAAUAUUUAUUAAUCUGUAUGUGUUUUAAAAUAAAAUAACUUAUUUCUAGCUGAA